AAUCCAAUGAGUAUUGGAGUUACCUGCAGCUCAUCCACCAGGCCAAGCAGUCUUACAGCCCAUGUAAUGCCAACUGUUCCUGUCACUAUGCCCAGAUCAAGGCUGAUCUUAAGCCAUUCAAAGAUGGAAUAUCAAUUAGAACUCUGGAGCAAGCUAAGAAAAGUGGCACCCUGUACCAAAUCAUUGGUGGACAAGUAUACCGAGAUGAGGAAUGCAUGUUCCCUAGUCGGUGUGCUGGUAUUGAGCAUUUCUUGAACGAGGUUGCAUCAGAUAUUCCUGACACAGAGUUAGUUGUGAAUGUGAGGGACUGGCCUCAAGUCUACAACAGCCGCAGUAGUGACAUCAAGCUUCCCAUUUUCUCAUUCAGUAAACAAGAAGGAGUUCACGGUGACAUCUUGUACCCAGCAUGGAGUUUUUGGGAGGGUGGACCGGCCAUAUCCUUGCAUCCAACAGGACUUGGGCGCUGGGACAUUAGACGAAAAACUAUCAAAAAGGCUGCUAAGAAAUAUCCUUGGAAGAAGAAAGAAAAUAAAGCUUUCUUCAGAGGUUCCCGCACUUCAUCGGAUCGUGACAGCAUCGUUCUGCUCUCACGGGAGCAGCCUGACCUUGCUGAUGCGCAGUACACUAAAAAUCAGGCAUGGAAAUCCAAGAAGGACACUCUGGACGCUGAGCCUGCCUCCGAGGUGUCCCUGGAGAAUCACUGCCCCUACAAGUACCUGUUCAACUUCCAUGGCGUGGCGGCGAGCUUCCGUUUCAAGCAUCUCUUCUUGUGCGGCUCUCUCGUCUUUCAUGAGACCGAUGGUUGGAUCGAAUUUUUCUACCCUCAAAUGAAGCCUUGGAUCCACUACGUGCCGGUGCCUGCUGGCGCCCCAGUGUCAGAGUUACGAAAUCUUCUUGAUUUUGUGCGCAACAACGACUUGGAGGCACAAGAAAUUGCUGAACGCGGCCGCGACUUCAUCUCGGAUCGACUUCGCAUGGCCGACGUGCGCUGCUACUGGCGCAAGCUCCUCAAGACUUACACAAAACUUCUCACAUAUCGACCGCAGCUCCGACCUCUCCUCAAGCUUAUUCCCAAGAAAUAAUGGACUUGAAGCGAAGCAUCGAGAGUAAAUUGUUUUCGUUUAGAUCUUCUGAGGGCUGGUCUGUAUAUUAAUGGCUCUUUAAGUAAACGUUGAAGCGCUGUCAAGCAGAACCGCUCUUGCACAGUUUAUCUCAGCUUCACCAUAUCUGAAACUUUCAGGUCAGUCAAACUAAUGUUCGAUAUCGUUACCCAAGCCGAACGUAGUAUGAGGUAUGGAGAUUUGAUUUGGAUGUCACGCUUGCUGAUGCUGGAAACAGGAAAGACAUUCUCAUUGACGUUCCAGCUAUUUCACUGGCAUUCUCAACGCUAUGUUAUUUACCCUGAUGAUUAUGGACUAGUCUGCAUCUUAACAUGUUGAACUGGCCUCUAGAGAUGAAUUUUACUCACAAUUACGGACAGUUUCACAAAGAGAUGAAUUUUACUCACAAUUACGGAUAGUUUCACAAUAGCUUUGCACUCGUUAGUUGUAUCUGUGUGGUAGAUAUUCCAUACUCUCGGCAUGCUAAAAUCUUGCGUCCAUUAUGGCAAGUAACUUAUGAGAAACUGUUUAAUAGUACCUAGCACUCUAUUUAACUUCCACUAUUAUGCAUUUUCUACUGCAUAUCUUCAAUGAUGCUUCAGGUUAAUUAACGGGAUUUUCUGCCACUUGCGGGUCGUUGAAGCUCACUUAUUUAGUAAAGAGUUGUCGCAGUUAUUGUCUGUGAUCAAUCCGUCCAGUCGGCUUCCCUCUGCCAUGUCUGUCUUGUUGCUUCGCUUGUUCAGGUAUCAAGAUGGACCCCAUAAUUUUUAGUUACAUUUUUCUUCAAGAUUCUCUCAAGUAUUGUAUUAGCACCAAAGAUCAAUCUCAUUCCACGCUAUUCUAGGAUCAAUUCAUCCCACAUCUUGCGUGCUGAUUUUAUGCAUAUUUAGGAGAUAAUAUGCUAGUCUAAUUUGUACACUAGAAGUUAGAGAACUUUUCCUCGAUGUCCUAAGCAGGAGAUGAGGUAAAGCACGUGCUAUUUAUCAACUACUCUCAUCCAUCAUGCGUGCUUUUUCUUUGGUUGCAUUUCAUUUCCUAAUUAAGGAUUUCAAUGUAAUCAAUUCUUAUGUGUAUGAAAAGGAGGAUAAAGUUGCUCAACUAGUACAAGGUAAAAUAUAUUAAUCAUUCUAAGGUUUCGUUACAAAUUUAUGGUGAAAACAUGAAUAUUUCGAAUCUAGUUUUUCGUUUUAACAUCGAUUUGUAGUUUUUGUGAUCAACGAUGGUUAAUAGCUGAAGCGCUAGUAAACAUUUGGCCACUGAACUAAACUAAAACUAAUUAUUAAGAUUAAAUUCAAUGGAUCUUCACUGCUCAGCCGGCAUUCAAGUGCUAAAAAAAUAAAUCUCAACUAUGUUAUGCGAGUACAUGUGGUUUGGUUAAAUAGAUAAUAUUAAUAAUUGUUGAUGUUGUCACGAUGCCUCAAUAUAUCUUUGCAAUGA